AUGCGGCGUCGCAUUCGCGCGCAUAAAUACUUCUCGCGCGCGAGACUUCCAAAAGAGUCGCCACCAAGGCUCGCGCCGGGUUCUCCGUCAACGCCGCUGCGGUACGUUUUUCUUCCUCCAUCUCUUGUUUUGGAUAGAGUUCACAAAAGACUCCAAAGUGACUCCAUACUGACUUUCAUCAACGCGUUCUCUCUCCUUUCUUCUUCCUUUUAUAAACAGUCUGGCGACACUCUCGACAAGGUUAGAGGUAUCAUCUCCGAGCAGCUCGGCACCGACCUCGACGCCGUCGCCGCGGAUUCUAAGUUUGUCGACUUGGGCGCCGAUUCUUUGGACACCGUCGAAAUCAUGAUGGCGUUGGAAGAGCAAUUCGAAAUCACGCUCGACGAAGAAGGGGCCGAGAAGAUUGGCACAGUCCAAGAAGCCGCCGACAUGAUCCAAACGCAAAUCGACGCGUAA